CUCCAGAGUUGCUCCAACAUUAACAAUCUUUCACCAUAAGGUUUUAUUUCACACAAUGGGUAUCUGUACGAAAAGAGGUGGUUCAAAACGUUUGGCUACUGGAAUUCGUUUUGACCACUCCUUUUAAACUUGACCGUCACGGCGGCGGCGGCAAAGCCACAACAGAUAGGAUCUGAUAGGAGUUUUCGUUUCGUUCCCAAUAGCCAAUAGACCAUAUCGUCUAUAACAAGUAAAGGACCAACACUCCAAAUUAAGUUGGUAUUAAUCGAGAGCGGCUAUAAUGAACAAAAAGCAUAUCGUUUGGAAGACUUCUUUUGGACCGGUUCGGGCGAUGGUAGCAUUGAUGACAAUAGAGAUAGCGGAGAUACUGCACGCCCUACUACUAUCUAUAAAACUAAAACCGUCCUUUCUACCAUGUACGUGCCAACAACUACAACUUACUACAACCCAACCUAUUCUGACACCACCACAAACUGUCCAUAUUGCGAUACAACGAUGACGCCGGAUGGUGAAAUCUCCCCAACGCCAACCUUUGACUCAUAUGAAGAUUCGACUACAGACUAUGUACCGGACGCAGACAGACAAUUUUGGCUACUGACCGUGCUAAAAACAGAUGGAAAUAAUCCGACCGUAAACGAUUUGAAAAAUGGUUUAGCGAAUCUUUAUAAAACCGCCUUCCAGAGGCAACAAGAACGCCACUUAGGUAUAAACGCUCGUUUGAAAAGGGCAGUUUCCAACCCCGACAAACCGGUGAGUGUCUACAUAAUCAAAAUUUCGAAAUCCCCAAUUAAUGGAGACGAAAAGAUGGAAGUACUGUACCACGUGUCCGUUUCCGGUCAACCUGUUGCAGCGACGACCGCAGCUGCAGACAUGCACCUGGUAUCAGACCAGGAAGUGGUCAACGAACUGGGUUAUCCAUUCAUAAUAAAAGCCGAACCGUAUCUAAAAGUAAACGACCCCGAGUAUUUGUCAAGCACGAAUCACACUUGGAUUUUCAUCGGGGUCGCUUUAUCGAUACUUCUCGUCCUUCUUCUAUUGGUUGCUUUCCUAACUUUGGCGAUGAACAAAAGAAAUCCGGCGCAAAUGCCAAACAAAAGCGACAUGUUCCAACAGAACGUAGCCAUUGGACAGACGAACGAAGCGUUCAUUCAAAAUGACACCGACACCUCUAAAAGAUUGGAACAGUCCCCUACGUACAUUAACUUUAGAACGCAUUCGUCAAACGCGACUUUAAGAAGUGGGGUAAUCGUAAGCAGACCCAGUUCAACUAGUUCAAGCUCUCUGAGUGGCGCAAGCUUAGACAUCUCUCCUCUAAUGAGUUUAAAAAAGCAAUCCACCCCACCCAAGGCUCUAAACGCUGCCCGACCAAAAGCGGCAUUGAAUAAAACGGUACCUGCACAGGCGAGUAUCGAUAGUGAUAGCGGAAGCGAAGCGUCACGAGGAGACUCAAAGAUCGCGAUUAAAUAUAAAAAUGUUGACCCUGGUGUCAUCAGUCCGAAAUCUUAUCUUUCAAUGCCGUCCGUAAAGUCGUUCCCUAGAGGAAACAACCCGGAGCCUCUGAAUAAGGUGUUGGAACCAAUCAGUGUUCUACAUUUAGAUAUAGACGACGAAGGGCUUGAUGCACUCGACUCCGAUCGAAGGUUGGAUGGUCUGCUGACGCGCUAUGGUAGUUUGAGCGUUGUGGAAGAUCCGGGCGUUAUAGGUCCUAUCGUUUGGAGUGAGCAUUGUAAAAGACUACAGCGAGGUGUAAGUAUGGAUCAAGGUAUGGACGAUGGCAAGUUGAAGGGCAACUCUUCUAAAAUGAGAAAGAGAUUUCACGAUUUGCUCGACGAGACAUUUAGUUUGUUUGGCAGCCGACGUGACAGCCCGGUGGAGGAGGGGCGUCCAAUUGCUUUUGAAGUUAAGAGCCAUUCAGCCAAUAUGACUAGACCUCCAGACGAUGUUCAAGCGGAUACACAGCGUAGACCCAAAACCACGGAACCCAGACGAGCUCUGGCUGCAAGUAAACCACCUAGAGGUGCGUGGGCGACAAACGCACCGUCGCCUUUGUCGAGACCACUUAGUGCCGGUCCCCUUCAGAGAAGACCUCCUCCACCGCGAGUCGAUGUCGACCGUGUGUUAACCGAGGGCGCUUUGUCGCCGUCUGAUCCAGCCGUUCCGCUCAUUGCGGCCAUCAAAACGCAGUUGGGAAGAUGUUCUUUGCCAGGGAGCACGACGAAUUUAGUAGGUUAAUAGAAUGGAAGGUGAACACAGCCCAAAUUCUACAUUUAUGUGAUCUUGCAACUGCCUCUGUACAGUAACUGUAGAUAAUUAUGCAUUAAAGUUAAGAUUUUUAUCGAA